AGGGAGGAGAGAGGGAGAGGGAGAAAGAGAAAGAGGAGAGGGAGAGGCACAGGGAAAGAGAAGGACUUGUUCCUCUGGAGAUCUCACUCUGUUUCUUGCGUAUAGAAGCGUUAGGUAUACAUUCUCCUGUCCUUGUCGUCAGUGUUUUGUAGUGAACUGUGGUGAAUUGUGAGACUGGCCCAGGCUGUGGUUCAGGGCUUGAAGAAUGCAGUGCACUGGGAGGGACACUGGUCAAUCUGAGAGGAGGGCAGUCUGUAUGACUUUCUGUAUCUUCACUCCUAACAGCACAGAAUAUAAACUCCACAGCUGAUGCACAAGAGUGUCCCUGAGUGUCUCUUUCUCCACACACUGCAGCCAGCUAGUGAAACCUCAAACAAUCCCUGAACAGGCCAGUAACUGCCACUUCACCCUUAUCAAGGAGACAUUCAUUUUAGUGGGGAGAGAGAAUCAGGAGUGCAUGACACACAACAUGCCUGGUUGUUUUUUUGUUUAGUUUUAUCCUGGAUUUUAUUUUAACUGUGCUCUUUUCGUUCUUGUUAAUUCUCUGUGUAUUCCACAUCCACGACUGCAGCUCCAAUCUUGGGCAAGACCCAUUGUGAAACUCAUACUGCUCCUGUUCGAGAGGCCCCGCAGUGACGUCUUUAGUCUGGCGUUCCAGAGUUAGAAAGCUCUGUGUGUUCCCCUCUACAUCCUCUGCCCCCGAUUUCCAUCUUGCGAUGCAGGUGUCUUGUCUGUGGCCAGGCCCAGACUAUGGAUCAUGGGCAACACACAAUGGACCUAUACUUUAGAUCGCCACUCCUGGAUAGUGUUCACUAGCUAUAAUCGCACCUCAGAUAAUCUUCCUUAUUAAGGUUUUAAGGAAUUCGACGCUUUGGGAUGUUUUAUCAUCUAACCAUUUAAAACAAUCUUUUAAUAAUAUUUUGCUUCCAAAUUUCACAUGUGGAAAAAAGCUUAACAAAACCAUAAUUACCAAUCACACCCGAAGAAGGCUCCACAGUCGAAACGUUGUGCUUCCUUACUUCUUUUUUCAGGAUGGAAUAAACCUUUAACUUGCUCCUUUGCAUCAUUAUCAAUAUUCAGUUACAUUAUGUACACAGUACACUACGUCGUAGUACGUCACUUUCAUACGUAGCGGGGCUUACCAAGACAAGCACGGUCAUUGGCUGUCAGGAUGACGCAGUGUGAAUUGUCCAAUGAGAUUCCCGCAGUGGGCGGUGAUUGGGGGAUUCGUCGGUAGCGCGUUCUGGAAGUUAAUUUAUCACGGAAUUUCAAACUUAAUUUUGUUUUAUACCAUACAUAAUGCCGUCAUUAACGGAAAAACGAGAGGUCACAUUUGAGGAAGAAGACCUCCCCUAUGAAGAGGAGAUCAUCCGGAACCCCUACUCCGUCAAGUGCUGGAUGAGGUACAUCGAGCACAAGCAGAGUGGUCCCAAGAGCGUCCUCAACAUGGUGUACGAGAGGGCACUGAAGGAGCUGCCCGGCAGUUACAAGCUGUGGUACAACUACCUGAGGGAGCGCAGGAAACAGGUGAAGGGGAAGUGUGUCACCGAUCUGUCCUUCGAGGAGGUCAACAACUGCCACGAGAGGGCGCUGGUCUUCAUGCACAAGAUGCCGCGGAUCUGGCUGGAUUACUGCCAGUUCCUGGUGGAUCAGUGCAAGAUCACGCGCAGCCGGCGGACGUUCGACCGCGCGCUGCGGGCGCUGCCCGUCACCCAGCACUUCCGCGUCUGGCCGCUCUACCUGCGCUUCGUCUGCCGCUACCCGCUGCCCGAGACGGCCGUCAGGGUCUACCGCCGCUACCUCAAGCUGUGCCCGGAGAACGCGGAGGAGUACAUCGAGUACCUGCGGUCAGUGAACCGCCUGGACGAGGCCGCGGUUCGCCUGGCCGCCAUCGUCAACGACGAGACCUUCGUCUCCAAGGAGGGGAAGUCCAACUACCAGCUGUGGCACGAGAUGUGUGACCUGAUCUCCCAGAACCCCGACAAGGUGAAGUCCCUGAACGUGGGCGCCAUCAUCCGCGGGGGGCUGACGCGCUUCACGGACCAGCUGGGCAAGCUGUGGUGCUCCCUGGCGGACUACUACAUCCGGAGCGGGCACUUCGAGAAGGCGCGCGACAUGUACGAGGAGUCUAUCCAGACCGUGGUGACGGUGCGGGACUUCACGCAGGUGUUCGACAGUUACGCCCAGUUUGAGGAGAGCAUGAUCGCUGCCAAGAUGGAGACCAACUCCGAGAUGGGGCAGGACGAGGAAGACGACAUCGACCUGGAGCUGCGGCUGGCGCGUUUCGAGCAGCUCAUCAACCGGCGCCCCCUGCUGCUCAACAGCGUGCUGCUGCGGCAGAACCCGCACAACGUGCACGAGUGGCACAAGAGGGUGAAGCUGUACGAGGGCAAGCCGCGAGAGAUCAUCAACACCUACACGGAGGCGGUGCAGACGGUCGACCCCAUGAAGGCCACCGGGAAGCCACACAUGCUCUGGGUGUCUUUCGCCAAGUUCUACGAGGAGAACGAGCAGCUCGACGACGCACGGACCAUCUUUGAGAAGGCCACCAAGGUGAACUACAAGCAGGUGGACGACCUGGCCAGCGUCUGGUGUGAGUACGGGGAGAUGGAGCUCCGGCACGAGAACUACGACCAGGCACUGCGCAUCCUGAGGAAAGCCACAGCCAUUCCAUCGAAGAAAGCAGAAUACUUUGAUGCAUCCGAACCGGUCCAGAACCGGGUCUACAAGUCUCUAAAGGUGUGGUCCAUGCUGGCGGAUUUGGAGGAGAGCCUGGGGACAUUUCAGUCCACCAAGGCGGUGUACGACCGCAUCAUUGACCUGCGGAUCGCCACGCCCCAGAUCAUCAUCAACUACUCCAUGUUCUUGGAGGAGCACAACUACUUCGAGGAGAGCUUCAAGGCCUACGAGCGGGGCAUUGCCCUCUUCAAGUGGCCCAACGUGUACGACAUCUGGAACACCUACCUGACCAAGUUCAUUGACCGCUACGGGGGCAAGAAGCUGGAGAGAGCCAGGGACCUGUUCGAGCAGGCCCUUGACGGCUGUCCGGCCAAGUACGCGAAAACCAUCUACCUGCUGUACGCCAAGCUGGAGGAGGAGUACGGCCUGGCGCGCCACGCCAUGGCCGUGUACGAGCGCGCCACGCAGGCCGUGGAGGUCGGCGAGCAGUACGAGAUGUUCAACAUCUACAUCAAGAGGGCGGCCGAGAUCUACGGGGUCACACACACGCGCAGCAUCUACCAGAAGGCCAUCGAGGUGCUGCCUGAUGAACACUCACGCGAGAUGUGUCUACGCUUCGCUGACAUGGAGUGCAAGCUGGGGGAGAUUGACCGCGCCAGAGCCAUUUACUCAUACUGCUCUCAGAUCUGUGACCCUCGGGUUAGUAUCUUCUACUUCACCUGGGGCACAUGGAGACACUUGAGUUAGUGUGUGUGGGUGUCCUACCCACCCUGGGGUACAUGGAUCCACUCGGGAUAGUGUGUGUGUCUCCUGUCUGCCCUGGGGCACAUGGAUCCACUCGGGAUAGUGUGUGUGUGUCUCCUGUCUGCC